AUGGGGCUUCUGCAAGAGACUCGGAAGAGGAAGAAGAUCCUUGUGGUGGCAUUGGCCAUUGCGGUUGUGGCUUUGGUCCUGGGUCUGGGUCUGGGACUGGGUCUGGAGCUGCAAAGAUGGAAGGACAAAGUGGUUCCACACACAUCCUGUAGGGGGCGCUGUUAUGAGCCCUAUGAUGGCGAGGUGCCUGGAUGUCGGUGCGAUUCCCUCUGUAACAACACACACAGCUGCUGCGCGGACUUCCAUGACCUCUGCACAAUACCAGCGCAGCAGUGGGAAUGCUCACGUCUGCGUUGUGGAGAAAAGCGACUUCCAAACAGCAACUGUCACUGUUCACACGACUGCAGCAUGAGAGGAGAUUGUUGUACCAACUACGAACACGUGUGUUCAGGACAAAAGUUGUGGGAGGAAGGAGAAUGUGACGACCUGUCCUCCGCCCACUGUCCCGCCGGGCUCGGGAAGCAGCCGCUGCUCCUUGUGUCGCUGGAUGGAUGGAGAGCGGAUUAUCUACAGAGAUGGAGCAAACUGGUGCCAGUGAUCAGCAAACUGAAUAAAUGCGGCACGUCGACUCCCUUCAUGCAGGCGGCGUUUCCCAGCAAGACGUUCCCAAACCACUACACCAUCGUCACUGGUCUGUAUCCUGAGUCUAACGGGCUGAUCGAUAACAGCAUGUACGACCCAGAGAUGGACGCUUCUUUCAGUCUCUCCAGCCCCGAAAAGGACAACCCAGCUUGGUACCAGGGCCAACCGGUCUGGCUCACUGCGAUGUAUCAGGGGCUGAGAUCUGGGACCUUCUUUUGGCCUGGAUCAGAUGUCAAAGUCAACGGCAGCUUUCCCAACAUUUACAAACCAUACGACGGUAAAAUCCCGUUUGAGGAGCGAGUCUUCACUGUUUUGAAGUGGCUGCAGCUUCCGGAGGACGAGCGGCCAGACUUCCUGACGCUGUAUCUAGAAGAACCGGAUAAGUCUGGACACAGCUAUGGUCCGGUCAGUGGAGGGCUGAUAGAAGCUCUUCAGGGAGUGGACCAUAUCCUGUCUCAGCUCAUGAACGGACUGCAGCAGCUCAACCUUCAUCGCUGCGUCAACAUCAUCAUUGUCGCCGACCACGGGAUGGAGGACACCAGCUGUGACAGGAAGGUGGCGCUGCAGGACUUAGUUGGAGACGUCAGGAACCUCUGGGUGACGCAGGGGCCCUUUGGACGGGUGAGGGCCCGUGACAAGAACAAGCCACUGGAUGCUGCUGGGCUUGUUGCCAACAUGACGUGUCGAGACCCGGGACAGAAGAUCCGUCCGUACCUGAAGCAGAAUCUUCCAAAGAGACUGCACUACGCCUAUAACCCGCGCAUCGAAGACGUCAAUGUGCUGGUGUCACCACAGUGGCUCUUUGAGGGAUACCCCGGCUCUCUAACCUUCUGUUCUGGAGGAAAUCACGGCUACGACAACGACGUGGAGAGCAUGCAUGCCAUGUUCCUGAGCUAUGGCCCGAAGUUCAAAUCUCAAACUGUGGUGGCACCAUUCUCGAACAUCGAGCUCUACAACCUCAUGUGUGAUCUGUUGGAGAUUGUUCCGGCUCCGAACAAUGGAACUCACGGAGCUCUGAACCACCUCCAGAGGGCGCCGUUCUACAGCCCUACUGCCCCCCCAGAGACCAGCCCAAGCCGGGACUGUCCCAUGACUAGUCUGAGCCCCAAUGGUACCCAAGGGUGCUCCUGCGAUGCACUGACCGACGACAGCAUCAACUUCAGACUCAAUCUGACCGCAGCUCAAGUGUCCUUCUCGGAGAGGCUUCACCUCCCUCUGGGACGUCCUGUGGUGCUUCAGACCUCCCUCACUCACUGCCCUUUGCAUCAAGAGGCCUUCAUCAGCGGCUUCAGCUCCGACCGACAGAUGUCCCUGUGGACAUCCUACACCGUUCCUCGACCAGCCUCCGCCUCCCCCCUCGGGCCCCUCCUCUCUGACUGUCUUCGUCCUGAUGUCCGAGUACCUCCAGAUCAGAGUCAGAGCUGUGAGGUCUACAGCUCUGACAAGAACAUCAGCUUUGGGUUCCUCUUCCCUCCAAACUUGAACUCCUCCGCCGAGCAGCAGUUUGACGCUCUCACCACCUCCAACAUCGUCCCCAUGUUCCCAAGCUUCAACAAGAUCUGGCGGUACUUCCACGACGUCCUGUUACCGUCUUAUUCUCAUCUUUAUGGAGAACUCAAUGUUCUCAGUGGUCCCAUCUUUGACUACGACUAUGACGGUCGCUACGAUUCCUCAGAGGAGAUCUUGCGUUUUGUACCCGGCUCCUCAAUCCCUGUUCCCACACACUUCUUCAUCGUUUUGACGAGCUGCAGAAACUCAUCUUCCUCGGUCCUCAGCUGUGAAGGACCUCUGCAGACCACCUGCUUCAUCCUGCCGCACCGAGAGGAGACCACAGAGAGCUGCCAGAGCUCGGGGCCGGAGUCAGAGUGGGUGGAGGGCUUUGUGUGGUUCCACCAAUCACGCGUCAGAGAUGUAGAGUGGCUCACAGGACUGGACUUGUACCAGGGCAGCUCUCGACCAAUCACAGAGCUACUGCAGAUGAAGACCCGUCCCACCGCUGAUAUCCACCAAAAAAACAGACCACCCCUGUAUCCAUGA